UCGGAUCUAGUCUUCUCAUGAAACGUUGUGCGCCUGGGGCUGGCAAUGCAGAUUGUGGUUGCGGAGAACCCUGUGAGGAUAAUGCAGAUUGCGGGACAGAUCUUUUUUGUCAAGCUAGUAUUUGCUGUAAUGAUUUCGAUUGCAACUGUUAA